AUGCUAUGCAAAACUGGAGGAUGUGUUGAGGGUCGUGCCGCAGAGGAUCAGAGCACAAGAAAGGUCCACUGGGGGCAAGAGGGCAGUGGCCAAAGUCCAGAAGCCAGGCCCCGAGCAUUGGAUAUGAUCUCAAGGUUAGAGCCUUCUCGCGGCCCUAGCCAUGCCCACUGGUGGCACAUUAUCAGUCCACAGCUCGCAGUUAUGCUAGAAGAGACUGGCUACCCUGUCGAGAAACAGCUCGAGAUCCUCACAUUCUUGUACCACUGGGUUAUACCCUACCUCGCCCCGGUUGCAGCAGGAAACGCAGCCAGCAGUUGCAAUUGGAAAUCUCUCCUCCCCUCGGCAAUCGUGCCGCUGGAGUACUCAUGGAAAUGGGAUUCAUCUGGCAAGGCCAGAGAGCCGGAGAUCAGACUCACUAUCGAAGUGUUCGGUGAGCUUAGCGGGACCCAGUUCGACCCUCUCAACCAGGCCCCGGCUAUGGAGCUCCUUUAUCGACUAAGUAGUAUCCUACCGGGAGUCAACCAAAUCUUGGCCAGUCACUUCCGCUGUAAAUUCUUCGAUCAUGACAAUGUCAAAUACAUGGAAGAGCCGCGGCUUGACACGCUUCCACGCUCAACAAUGCUAACAUACAUGACCCCGCGGAAGCUCGGGCAGCAAGGCUUCGCCCCUUUGUCUGAAUAUGUAUCGGCUAUCCAGGCACUAGGGCAAGCGUCAGGUCGGACCCUUGAUACCCUAACGAAUUUCCUAAGCACUAGCCCUGAGGGAGUGCAUCUACACCCAUUCGGCUUAGCAUUCGACAACGUCGAGCCAUCGUCAUCUAGGCUAAAACUCUACUUCUUCUCCAACCGAACAAGCUACAAUUCUAUGCGGGAGGUGCUUACCCUCGGGGGCCGCAUCUACAGCGAAAGCUACGACAUGGAGGAGAAGCUCCGCACGAUCUACUCCCUCGCCCAGCUCCUCAUGGGAUGUCCCGAAAAUAAUGCGGAAGACGCUGAUAUUCCAUUACUGCCCAUCACCCACUCUCAACACACAGCCGCGGAGCGAGCUACCCUGCUCUCCGGAUUCCAGUAUUACUUCGAUGUCGCCCCAGGCGCGGACCUUCCCAGCGUCAAAUUCUACAUCCCUGUUCGCAAAGAGCACGCCAAUGACCGCGCUGUGGGGAGUGCAUUGACUGGGUGGUUUAGAGAACAGGGACGGGGUAAAUUCUGUGAUAAUUAUAUGCGUAUGUUGGAACGGCUAGCUGGAGGACUUGAACUGGGUGAGUGCCGCGGCUUGCAUUCCUUUAUUAGCUGCAUGAUUGGUGGGGAUGGGGAAAUUGAGGUUACAAGUUAUCUUCUCCCAGGAUCAGAGGCGUAG